AUAUUUUAUGUAGGCGAUAUCAAUUCUGUGCAAUCCAAUCUUAUCGGUCCUGUUUCAUCUUCUAUUUAUCGAUCAUCAAAAAGAGCAAUAACACAUGUGAUCAACCUGUAAAUUUCUUAUGUAAUUAAGUGGAAAAGAAUAAUCAAUAUAAAAAAUAGAAUGAAUAAUAAUAAUCCACGAUAUGAUGAAACUAGCCUCGAUCAAAAUACUGGUGACGAACCCAGCUUUUUGACCUGUCUAAAGGCGUACUGGGCCGAACUGUCGGAAGGAAACGAUGAUGCAUGCAUGGGAGGCACUGAACUCGAAGGAGAAGGGAAGCAAGUUUUGGUUGGCAUAUGUGCGAUGGCCAAAAAAUCUCAGAGUAAACCGAUGAAAGAAAUUUUAACGCGACUUGAAGAAUUUGAAUAUAUCAAAAUUAUUGUAUUUCCAGAAGAAGUUAUUUUAAAGGAAUCUGUAGAAGAUUGGCCUAUAGUCGAUUGUUUAAUAAGUUUUCAUAGUAAAGGUUUUCCUCUUGAUAAAGCUAUUAAUUAUGCUGAUCUUAGAAAUCCUUUUAUAAUUAAUAAUCUUCCAAUGCAAUAUGAUAUUCAAGAUCGUAGAAGAGUUUAUGCUAUUUUAGAAAGUGAAGGUAUAGAAAUUCCACGGUAUGCUGUAUUAGAUAGAGAUUCGGCUGAUCCAAAACAACCCAUUCCAGAUCACGAAUUAGUUGAAUCCGAGGAUCAUGUUGAAGUUAAUGGUGUUAUUUUUAACAAACCAUUUGUGGAGAAGCCGGUAUCUGCCGAAGAUCAUAAUAUAUAUAUUUAUUAUCCAACAUCUGCUGGCGGAGGAAGUCAAAGAUUAUUUAGAAAAAUAGGUAGCCGUAGUAGCGUGUAUUCUCCAGAAUCUCGAGUUCGAAAAACUGGCUCUUAUAUUUAUGAAGAUUUUAUGCCCACUGACGGUACAGAUGUAAAAGUAUAUACUGUAGGGCCUGAUUAUGCACACGCAGAAGCUAGAAAAAGUCCAGCUUUAGAUGGUAAAGUUGAAAGAGAUUCGGAAGGCAAAGAAAUUCGUUAUCCUGUUAUAUUGAGCAAUGCUGAAAAAUUAAUAAGUAGGAAAGUUUGCUUGGCCUUUAAACAAACAGUUUGUGGUUUUGACUUGUUGAGAGCAAAUGGUCAAUCAUUUGUUUGCGAUGUUAAUGGGUUUAGUUUUGUGAAAAAUUCUAAUAAAUAUUAUGAUGAUUGUGCAAAAAUCUUGGGAAAUAUGAUAUUAAGAGAAUUAGCACCAACUUUACAUAUUCCAUGGAGUGUACCAUUUCAGUUAGAUGAUCCACCCAUAGUACCAACUACAUUUGGCAAAAUGAUGGAAUUGCGUUGCGUUGUGGCAGUUAUUAGGCAUGGCGAUAGAACACCAAAACAGAAAAUGAAAGUUGAAGUUCGUCAUCCCAAGUUUUUCGAAAUAUUUGCAAAAUACGAUGGUUAUAAACAUGGUCACGUUAAAUUGAAACGUCCAAAGCAAUUACAAGAAAUAUUGGAUACCGCGCGUAGUUUAUUAGCAGAAAUACAGCAUCGUGCAGCAGGUCCUGAAUUAGAAGAGAAGCAAGGAAAAUUAGAACAAUUGAAAAGCGUAUUAGAAAUGUACGGUCAUUUUUCUGGAAUAAAUCGUAAAGUACAAAUGAAGUAUCAACCACGCGGGAGACCUAGGGGAAGUUCUUCCGACGAUGGUAACAAUCACAAUCGACUGGGAGAACCAUCCCUUGUUUUAAUACUCAAAUGGGGUGGUGAAUUAACACCAGCUGGACGUAUUCAAGCAGAAGAACUGGGAAGAAUAUUUCGCUGCAUGUACCCUGGUGGUCAAGGUAGACACCUUAGUGAGGAAGACUCAGAGAUGUUACCAAAUCACGGUGAAUAUGCUGGAGCUCAAGGACUUGGUUUACUUCGUCUUCAUUCAACAUUCCGUCACGACCUAAAAAUAUAUGCCAGCGACGAAGGAAGAGUUCAGAUGACUGCAGCUGCUUUUGCUAAAGGAUUACUUGCUUUGGAGGGCGAACUUACACCAAUUUUGGUCCAAAUGGUUAAAAGUGCAAACACAAAUGGAUUGCUUGAUAACGAUUGUGAUAGUAGCAAAUAUCAAAAUAUGGUUAAAACUCGUUUACACGAAUUAUUGCAACAAGACAGAGAAUUUACGCGCGAAGAUCGUGAACAAAUCAAUCCAGGAAAUGCAUUAAGUAUCAAUGCAGCUUUGGAUUUUGUUAAAAAUCCUGUUAAAUGUUGUCAGCACGUCCAUGCACUGAUUCAGAAACUUAUGGAUAUUGUUCGCAUAAAGAAGGAUGAUCCAAAAACAAAAGAUGCAAUACUUUAUCAUGGAGAAACUUGGGAAUUAAUGGGACGUCGUUGGGGAAAAAUAGAAAAAGAUUUCUGUACGAAAAAUAAAAGAUUUGAUAUAUCCAAAAUUCCAGAUAUUUAUGAUUGUAUAAAAUAUGACUUACAGCAUAACAAUCAUACCUUACAAUUUGAUCAUGCCGAGGAAUUGUAUAUUUAUGCGAAAUAUCUUGCUGAUAUUGUAAUACCUCAGGAAUAUGGUUUAACUGUACAAGAAAAGCUUACAAUAGGUCAAGGUAUUUGUACGCCCCUUUUAAAAAAAAUAAGAGCCGAUUUACAAAGAAAUAUUGAAGAGACUGGAGAAGAAACGGUUAACAGACUAAAUCCAAGAUAUUCUCAUGGUGUUUCAAGUCCUGGUCGACACGUACGUACGAGACUAUAUUUUACAAGCGAAAGUCACGUACAUUCUUUGCUUACCGUCUUGCGUUAUGGUGGCUUGCUUGAUGUAGUAAAAGAUGAACAAUGGAGAAGAGCCAUGGAGUAUGUCAGUAUGGUUUCAGAAUUAAAUUAUAUGUCACAAAUAGUAGUUAUGCUAUACGAAGAUCCAACAAAAGAUCCUAGUUCGGAGGAACGAUUUCACGUUGAACUACAUUUUAGUCCUGGCGUUAACUGUUGCGUACAAAAAAAUUUACCACCCGGACCAGGAUUUAGACCACAUUCCCGAAACGAGAGUAGCCAUAACAUGGGAGAAAAUGGUGGCUCUGGGCAGGAUAGUGUUUCACAAUGCAGCACGCGCAUUGAAGAGGAAGAUACUGAAUUAAGCAUACUAGAGGAUGAAAUAAUAAAUCCAACAGUACAAACUGAAACAUCUCCACCUUCGGGACAGGAUAUUGUUGAUGGACAAUUAGAUAGUCCUACAACUAGUAGAGGUAUCGAUAUGAUGGAUUUGGAUCCUAAUAUGAUGGAUGAACCAUAUGAUAGCGGAUUUUUACAAAGUUCCGCACCUAUUCCGAUUAGGCAUGUAAUGUGUGCCAAUGCAAGAACAGUUGCCGGCCAUGAAGCCGCAAGACUAGGUAGCCAAUUGGCAGCUAGUCAAAGACAAAGACGUGAGAGAGAAGCAAAUGCUAUGGUGGAACCACGUGCUCGUAGCUAUGAUCAUCAACACCAAGAAAAGGCUGAAAAGGCUGCGGACAAGCUGCAGUAUCAGAGCUUGGACGCGGUCAACAAAGAAGAACAUUCAAAUCACUCUAAAAAUACUUUGAAUGUGCCUGUGUACCUGGGACAGCCUAUAGCUUUACCGCACUCAAUUAGUUCACCAGAAUUACCUAUUCCUUUGGUUAAAACUUCCAUACCAAUAUCGACACCUUUGAUAACUGUGCACGAUAUUCCUUUAGCUUCACCGACUAAUUAUAAUCCUAAAACGAUCACAAGUGCACCAUCUCCAACAAAAGAAUUAUUAUUAUCAGACUUUGAUAGAUGCGAUACGUCUCCUAUGACUCAGGAACAAUGUAAUAAGAAGGAAACAUAUGGAGGUUUCUAUUCAGAUCUAAUUCUACCUAAUAUUAAAGUGGACGGUGAGUCUAACGAUUUUGAUCCUAUGUCAGAAUCUCUGUCAAUGGUUAAUUCUUCUUCUUUAUCAUUGUCUUCUCAUAAUAAUUUGUGCUCCAUAGGAAAAACAAUUUCGACUGUUAAUUUUACAACAAAUUCAGUUGACGAUACUAACAUUAUUAAACGAUCACGAUCUUUAUCGCCUUGUCCUACGAAAUGUCUUUGCUAUAAUUGUAACGUUUCCGAAUUGAUUUUACAAAGUCGUGAUCUUCCGCCAUUGGAACGUUCCAAUUUUCGGACAUAUUUUGUACGAUCACUUUCGCACAAAUUCUUUAAUUGUUCCUGUUACACGUUGGCUAAUAUAUGGCAAAAUUUAUCACCUAAUGUUUCACAAUGUUCUUCUUGUUACGACACCGUCUCGUCUACCGAUAGUCUCGUACAAAGUUCUAGCCAAUUUUUAAAUCCUUCUUGUUCUUUAGUCCAUUUACCAUCUCAGCCUAAUAAUAAAAUAUAUAAAAAGCAUUACUUAAUGCCCGUAUCACCAGAAAAACGUACGUUUGGUUUUCAAUCCCCUACUGGAUCACCAUUCAAGUGUAAUUGCGUAUUUUCACAAAGAAACUAUCUGAGAAGAGAUAGCCAUGGUAUCAUGGAUUUAUCUAUUUUCAAUGAUAUGAAAAGAACAUCAGAGGAAUCUAUGACUCAUAUAUUGAGAAAAUCAAACUCAUGUCCAAAUGUAAUAACAGGAUCUAGUUUAGAGUUUGUAGAAUCUCAUAAUGAUCCUCAUAGUUACCUUGGAAAUACUAGUUCUUCCAUAUCCCAUUGUCCUCAGAAUCGCAGGCGAUAUUCUUGUUCUGAUACGAAAAAACAAAACGAAUCACAGCACUUGACAGACAAUGGUAUUCUGCAUGGUCAUGAUCACAGUAACAAUAGUCACUACCAUGUAUCCUCUCAUUGCAAAUCGAAUAACCACGAGCCUAAAUGUCCUCGUGCACCAUUUUCCCAACUCCAGCCUCAACGAUCCUUCUCAUCCCCAGACACACGACCUUCGAUCAUUCAACCUGACCCUACCUGCACAGCAAGGCGCCACCGUCACAGUAUCUCCGGACAGAUGAGUUAUUUCAAGCUGCUGGGAUAUAACGUUAGCAAGAAGUUGACCGGCUCGGCAAAUAGUCUCUUCAGUACUGCAGUGAUUAGUGGAUCUUCCAGUGCACCGAAUCUUAAAGAUAUGAUUCCGCCACAUGCUAUGAUACCACCACACGUUGCUGCAAUAGAAGGCUUCGGCGGCGUUCCUCCUAUAAGACCAUUGGAAACACUUCAUAAUGCAUUAUCUUUACGUCAACUGGAUUCUUUCCUUGAAAUGAUGACGGGUGCACCAUUGUUUCGAACCCCUGCUUCUUCACCACCGAAAUAUCCGUCACCAGGAAGCUUAGUCAAUCCAAGCCUUAAUGUAGGAGGCAUUAGUCGCGAGUACAACUCUUCUGAUUUGGAAGCCGUCAGAUAUAUCACACCAACUCCGAUUCAAUACAAAUCUUGUAGCGAUGGAGAUACGUGUGAUAUAAGAAAUCAACCAUCACCCACAAGUCCAAAUAGUACAGGAUGGAGCAGCGAACCACAAUCGUUCCUUUCCUCCGAACCAUCAUCUCCUGCACCAACAUCAACAGGAGAGUGCAGUAUGUCUAUAAGUUUAAUUAGUAACGAUGGAGCACCAUCGUUCAGUGGAGCACCAAAGUUUCCCACAACUCCAGGUCUUGAUCUUGAUUUUAAUGAUUUUUGUAUGAACAUCGAUCAAGAAAAUCACGAAGGUCGUGGUAGCGUAUCAUACACAGAUUAUUAUAGCAACGAGGACGGUCAAAUUCUUAAAAACUCAUCUUAUUCGAGUCCUGCUCAAAAAACGGUAGUCUCGUCGGAUGAUCUUCCCAUUGAUCCGGUUGACGAUGACGAAGAACACACGUUAACAUUGCGUCAAACUGAGGCACAGAAAAAGCAGGAUGUUAAAUUGUUAUUUGAACAAGCAGAAAAUUCUAAUACGACUAAAUCAACUGUUGGUUAUAAAAAAAUAGGAAGAUUUCGCGUUGAGAGUAUGGAAAUAUCGGACGACGAUGUUAGAAUCAAAGAGACUGGCAGUGUAUGUUCAUCUUCGGAUAAGAAUAAAUCAUUAACGUUGCCAAAAGUGGAAACUGCUAACGUGGAGAGAGGACCAACUCACAGAAGUAAAGAGACAAGGCACAAAAGGAAGCAUUUUUUACGAUCUCAAAGCGUAUCGACGCCAAAAACGAUCGUUGUUAAAUCAGAAACUAAUUUCAGUUUUAAAUCUGUCAAAUCAAAAGAAAGUUCUUUCUCAACAAUGACGGAUAAAGAUUUAGAGCAAUGGAAAUUGAGUACGAGCAAGCAGCAGGAAGAUUCUUCUACCUCAUGUACAGAAACUGAAAAAGAACCGAUAUUAACUGUGGCAAGCAGUUUAACAGAUAGUCCUAGCGUAACAAUUGGAUUUGACGUACAAGAUGAAGAAAAAGAAUAGAGUUCUUCUUUCCAAUUGAUAUUUUUUCUUAUUAAUAAGAAAAAAGAAAGUUUUCUAGAUAAUAUAUAAAGUGUGAUUAUAUUUUAUUGUUAGAUUCUACGUAUAUUUUUAAAAUGACCAUAUACGCGUGUUUUAGUAGGUUUUAAUAAUUUUUAAAUAGAAUUUGUGUUAUCACAACGAACGGAUACUGUUAUUUCAUGAACAAGUUUUUUUGUCUCGAUUUUAAAUUAAUGAAUUUUUAAAUAUACCGUGCAAAAUGUAAAAGUAAUGAAAUAUCAUCUAAUUGCACCAAUAAUAACUUAGGUAAAUGAUCGUAUAGAAAUAAUCGUAUAUAUAUAUAUAUAUAUCUAAUAAUCUCAUGAGAUAAAAAAAUCUUAAUUUAAAUUUAUAAAAACGAUUCCAUAAGUAUGUGAUAAUUAUAGACUCAAUUUUAGAUAUCGUGCGUGUUUAAAUUCUAUGUUGCAUUAGUAGAAUGACCAGUAAUUGAUUAAUGCGAAAAUAUUCAAAUACAGAAUCUCAACUAUUUCUAUAAGCUUUAAAUAUAUACAAAAGAAAAGAAAAAAUAUAUUAAUUCACGAUUAUUUUCUCGUAUGCGUAUUUACAAAUAUUUUUGUAGAAUGUAAAAAUCCUUGUGCGCGCAAAUGCUUGUAGUAGUAAUAAUAUUUUUUUUCUCGAUAUCUUGUUACUUAUCUUUUUUUUUCUUUUGUGGUAACAGGAUAUAAAUUUCCAUAUUAAGUGAGAUAAAUUUAAAAUAAUGGCGCGAGAGAAAGAGAGAGACAGAGAGAGAGAGAGAGAGAUAUAUAUGUGAAAUAAAAUAUUUUUAUUAUGAAUGUUUUAUUGCUAUAAUGUAAAGUACAAGGAUUAGAUAGUAUAAAAUAUAUAUGUACUUAAACAUAUAUUUAAAACUAUGCAAAUAUGGGGAUAGUAAAAGCAGUACAGUACUUAAUACGUACAAGAAAAUAUCUGUGAUUAGAUAGUAUGGAAUUGAUUUAAUUGUGUAUAAAUAUUAAAAGCGAUUGUAUA